UCGAACGUCAUUGACAACAUGGUCAAAUUACUGCUCUCCAUAAAGGCUGAACUCGAAAACGUCACCAAUCUAGAGCCUAGAGACGCAGAUUUUGACUUCUUCUUCGAGGUUAAAUGCACCAGUUGUCAUGAAACUCAUCCAAAACCAGUCACUCUCAAUCGACGUGAAUCCUUCGAUCUCUCUGGAGGUAAAGGCGGCACCGCCAACUUUGUUUGGCGCUGUGGAAACUGCAAGCGUGAAAGCUCAGCAAAGUUCGAAGACGCGUAUGCAGUUCGUGCUUAUUCGGCAGAAAACGAACAGUUUGGGCCUCUACUUCAGAUCGAAUGCAGAGGAUUAGAAUUCAUAAGCUUCGAUCCUCGGGGUAUUUGGAAGUGUCAAGGCAUGAAAGGGACUGUGUUUUCCGAAGUCGAUCUUGACGAAGGAGAGUGGACCGACUACGAUGAGAAGGCUGCCCUUCCAGUUGGUGUAUCCUCGUUCGAAAGCCAGUGGACGAGAGCCUAG